AUGUUAACAAUGAUUAAUCCUUCUGUUUACCCUGUCAGUCCAUAUUAUAAUAAUUAUUGUGGAGUGCCAAAUUCACCAUAUACGAAUGGCUUCCAACAAAUAGUACACAAUGGCAACAAUCAAGUUCCAAUCCAACAAAUUCAACAUAUUGGUUCUCCAGCGCCAUCCCAACCAGAUUUCAGGGUCCCAGAGGGUUUCAGUAUUAGCUCUCCCUCUCCAAGAAAAAGACCCUACAGUUUAUCGAUGAUCGCUUCGCCACCUACUCCAACCAUGAUCUCCAACUCUCCAUACUUUAACCCAAACAACUCAAACAAUGAAAUGGUUGUACCCCAACAUACUUCUCCAACUCUAUAUAAUUCACAUGAAGGUAUUCCAUUCUCUCCGUCUUUAAUGGGUGGAAUUGAAUCUCCUCCAUCCAUGGAAUUAAUGGACGAUGAUUCAGAAGAUCAUUUACGUGACUUCCUUUCACCAGUUCUCUAUGGAUACAUGGAUAAUCAUUCCAGAGACCAACUUUUCAAUACAAUCUCUGAAUAUCUAAACGAAGAUAUUUCAUUUAGAAAUCUAUUAUUAGAUUUAAGAAUUAUUCCAGUGUUUGACAACAACUACAAAUCAAUUUUCCAAUAUAUGGUAGAUUUAUUCCUAUCGAUUGAACCAAGUCAAAAGAUGGUCAACUUUUUAAAAGAUAAUGGUGUCGAGGAGAAUGAAAUCACUAUUGAUGUUAAAGCAUUGGAAUUAAAUGAGCCAGAUGAAUCUUCUCAAAAAAAGAAAAGAGAAAGAGUAAGAAAAAGUGUUAGUAGAGGACUUAGAAAUCCACCAAAUAAAUGGACAAAGGAAGAAUCUCAGAGAUUGAUUCAAUUGGUUCAUGAACAUGGUGAUAAGCAAUGGAAGAAGAUUGCUCAUCAAAUUGGUGGAGGUAAAACUGGUGCUCAGUGUGCCCAACAUUGGAAGAGAGUCCUUUGUCCAGCAAUUAGAAAGGGUAGUUGGGAUGAAGAUGAAGAAUCAAAGCUGUUUAGUUUGGUAGAGAAACAUGGUCAAAGUUGGAAGAAUGUUGCAUCGGAAAUCCGAACAAGAACCGAUAUUCAAUGUAGAUAUCAAUACUUCAAGUCAUGUAUGUCUCGUGAAGUCAAAUGGUCGCAGAGAGAAGAUGAGAUUCUCCACAAGAAGAUCCAAGAGAACAAGAUUGAAGGUCGUGAAAUUAAUUGGAUGGAAGUUUCCAAGGGAAUGGCUAGAGGACGUCAAACCAAGAUUCCAAGAACCGCUCUUGAAUGCAAAGUAAGAUAUGAAGAGAGCUUUGGAGGACCUCCAAUCACAGUGAUUCCAUCUGAAGAACUACAUCAACAAUUGGCUCAAUCACCAUCAUUAAACUCUUUGUUACGAGAAUCACAACAACAACAACAACAACAGCAACAACAACAACAAAAUUUUUUUAAUACUAUUUAA